CUGGUCAGGACACUCCCUGAACUGCAUGCAGCAGGAAGGGCCCCUGGGCAGUCUUUGGGAGUAGACAAUGCUGCUGGACCGACUUUGCCUGCGGCUGAAUGCUGUGGUUUGUGGGCUCCUGCUUUUCCUCGUCCUGGGCCAGGGCCAGAUUUCUGCCAGCCCCGUCCGGACCACACACACAGGGCAGGUGCGAGGGAGCCUCGUCCACGUGAAAGACACUGAUGUGGGGGUCCACACCUUCCUGGGAAUUCCCUUUGCCAAGCCGCCUCUAGGACCCCUGCGAUUUGCACCCCCCGAGCCUCCUGAACCUUGGAGUGGUGUAAAGGAUGGGACCUCCCACCCAGCCAUGUGUCCGCAGAACAUCACAGUCUUCAACACGAUGGCUAUGAAGCUGAUGAACUUGAGCCUGCCCUUGAUCUCCAUGUCUGAAGACUGCCUGUUCCUUAACAUCUAUACGCCUGCCCACGCCCAUGAAGGCUCCAGUCUGCCGGUGUUGGUGUGGAUCCAUGGUGGCGGGCUUGUGAUGGGCAUGGCUUCCAUGUAUGACGGCUCGGUGCUGGCGGCCUUUGAGGACGUGGUGGUGGUCACUAUCCAGUACCGUCUGGGUAUUCUGGGCUUCUUCAGCACUGGAGACAAGCAUGCCCCCGGCAACUGGGGUUACCUGGAUCAAGUGGCUGCGCUACGCUGGGUCCAGCAAAAUAUUGCCUCUUUCGGAGGAGACCCUGGCCAUGUCACCAUUUUCGGCGAGUCUGCGGGUGGCACAAGCGUGUCCUCCCAUGUUGUGUCCCCCUUGUCCCAAGGACUCUUCCAUCGUGCCAUCAUGGAGAGCGGCGUGGCCCUGUUGCCCGGCCUCAUUGCCAGCUCAGCUGAUGCAUUGUCUGCGAUGGUGGCCAACCGGUCUUCCUGUGGCCAGGUUGACUCAGAGGCCCUGGUAGGCUGUCUGCGGGGCAAAACUGAAGAGGAGCUUCUGGCCAUCCAACAGCCCCUGUUGAUCAUCCCUGGUGUAGUGGAUGGGACCUUCCUGCCCAGGCACCCCCAGGAGCUGCUGGCCUCCGCUGACUUUCAACCUGUCCCCAGCAUCAUUGGUGUCAACAACGAUGAGUAUGGCUGGAUCAUCCCCAAGGGCAUGAACAGCUCUGAGACCUGGAAGGAAAUGGACAGAGAGACCGUGAAGGCCAUUCUGCAGCAAAUGUUGACAAUGUUGAUGUUGCCUCUUGAGUCUGUUGACCUGUUGAUGGAGGAGUACAUGGGGGACAGUGGGGACCCCCAGACCCUCCGAGCUCAGUUCCAUGAGAUGAUGGGGGAUGCCAUCUUCGUGAUCCCUGCACUCCAAGUAGCCAGUUUUCAGCGCUCACACGCCCCGGUCUACUUCUACGAGUUCCAGCAUCGGCCCAGCUUCCUCAAGGACAUCAAGCCGCCCCAUGUGAGGGCAGACCACGGUGAUGAGUUACUUUUUGUCUUUGGAACCAUCUCUUGGAAAGGCUACAUUGAAGUCACAGAGGAAGAAAAGCUGUUGAGCAGGAGAAUGAUGAAGUACUGGGCCAACUUUGCUCGAAAUGGGAACCCUAAUGGCGAGGGUCUGCCCCACUGGCCCGUGUUGGACCACGAAGAGCAGUUCCUGCAGCUGAGCACACAGCCUGCCGUGGGCCGGGCCCUGAAGGCCCACAGACUUCAUUUCUGGACGAAGACCCUACCCCAGAAGAUACGGGAGCUGAUGGAGGCAGAGGAGAAGCACACAGAGCUGUAACUCCCUGUGUCUGGGGGUGAAGGGCCCGGGAUGGGGGGCUUGAGUGCAGGUGGGGUUCUGCUGGAUAUACCCACGCACACCCACUGAGGAGCCAGGAGCUUUUCUUUCCUUCCUGUAGCCAUUCAUUCAUCCUGCCAGCCAGCCAGCCAGCAAACAUUUAUUAAG